AUGACAAAUAAUAACGAACUUAUAAUCCGACGGCCAGUUUACCAGCAGGAAGAUAUUGAUCGUUAUUAUGAUUAUGCCGAACCAGAUAAAUCUAUAUCACGCUCGGUGAAGAAUAAGUACAAAAACUUUAAAAUAACAUCAUGUCUGAAGAAAUCGCUUCCGAUUCUCGACUGGUUACCAAAUUACCAGUGGAAAAAUGACAUGCUGGGUGACAUCGCCGCGGGAAUUACCGUAGCUGUUAUGCAUAUACCUCAAGGUAAUAAUUGUAACUGCAAUUACACGGAGAAAGCAUAA